AUGGCUCCCAAACCGGAUAGUGAGUCUUAUUUGCCUAUUCUUUCGGUUCAUUGUGACGACUUGGAUUCAGUAGACGAGACACCCGCGGAGCAAACGCACGCAUUCUUGGAGAAUUCACCGCUGGAUUGUGGACGUUGCAAUGAAGUGUUUCAUUUGGAAAAUCCACGUGCUGGGGGAGUAAGAACCCCAUUCGCCUCUACUCCCACCAUGGGGCACUCUGGGACUCCACGCUCACCUUCAAGUCGUCGCUUGUCCGUCAUGGAGAAUUCUCACUUGCAUCGUGCUUUUUCUGUUCGGUUGUGGAACCACAACGAUUCAAAUACCGCAAAUGAAAUUUCACUACAGAAUGCAGAGAAUUACUUCCAGAGCCGCACACAUCCGUCCAUGAUUCUCCGUCCACAGUCCUCCAGUCCACGUAGUGCUCGUAGCCACGGCACCAGAUCUUCACAGAUGUGGCGCGGUGACACGAUCGAAGAAACACUCUCACAGUCUUUCAGCCCAUUUAGGUCGAAUGCCCGAAUGUGGGACCCACGAGCACCCACUGAUAUUGGCCCUUUUCCUCGUAGUUGCAUCAGCUCCCGUCGCCAGAGCAUUUUCCCCCACACGGGAAGUCAAGCAGUUUGUGCGUCUAGUAGUUCAAGAGAAUUGGAUAUCCGUCCUGGUUUUCCUAAAGAGGAACACCACUCGUGGGCUCUAACGGGGAAGAAAGGGCAGGCUCUGUCAGGCGACGCAAACCCUUUGUUGUCAGGAUCAAUGUGCCCAGAGGACUUGAGCAUGGGUCAAAAAGUUCUCAUUGAGAAAAUUGAGCAAUUAGAAAUGAGAGUUGAGCAAUCGGAGAGAUCAUUGGCACAAUUAGUCGAGAGUUUUGAGGCACGCCAGGCCAAACUAGAAAAACGUCUGACAGAGUUGCAGCAACAGACAGUGUUGGUCAACUUGCGUGAUGGGCCGUCACCACCAAAUUCCAAUUCACCUGGCGGAACGAGAGAGCCUUCGCGCGUGAGAGAUGCUUGA